AUGGGACAAGCCCACCCAGCCCGCCUAUCCUUCGUCAGGCGGCCCCCUCCAGGUGCUCCUCCAGGCUACGACUCCAACCACUCCCAGCAUAUCGGUGCUGAGAAGGGUGGCUACGGCUCGAACAACCCUUACGGCGGCUCUUCGAUUCACUCGGCCGGCUCGUCACACAAUGUCAACGACGACGAGGCACUUGCCCGCAAGCUUCAGGCCGAGGAAGAAGCUCGCGCUCGUCAGCCUGGUCAGUCAGGAGCUCGCUCAGGCGCAUCCGACAACUACUACAGCUCUGGAACCCCUCAGUACCAGUCUCAGUCCCAGUCCCAGCCUCAUUACGAAUCUCAGCCUCAGUACUCGAAUGAGUUGCCUCCCCGCGACCAGGACCGUGGCAAGAGCAAGGGCGGUCUCAUGGGCAAGCUUCUCGGCAAGGUCUCGGGCUCGAGCUCGCGUCCUCCCCAGGGUUACGGCCAGCAAGGAUACCCCUCUGGCGGCAUGAUGGGUGGUGGUGGCUAUGGUAUGCCCCAGCAGCAGUAUGGCGGAUAUCCUCAGCAAGGCUAUGGAGGUUACCCACAACAGCAAAUGUACGGACAGCCACAACGUAAGACAGGUGGCGGUAUGGGCAUGGGUGGCAUGGCUCUGGCCGGUGGUGCCGUGUAA